AACAUACAUUGCAAACUUAAAAGAAGCGACUUUCAGAGCCAAAAUUGCGGUGAUACAAAACCUGGAAAUUAAGUUUCUAAAUGAGAGUGGAUCAGUAAAAGCCCGACAAAGUGUAAAGGAAAACAAAGUCUCAAAAUUAAAGCUCUAUUUAUGUUCCCUCUUUACAAGGCUAGCUCUUAAACCCUACAGCUUUCCUUGGCAAAACCAAACAAAGAAGAAAUGGUUUUGAUGGGUUCAAAAUCACUUGAGGUCGUUGAGCCUAUAACCACAGAGGCCUGGAACACGACGGGGCUGCACUUGCACCGGAAAUCGUUGACGCACGCGACAUUCUAUUGGGGCCACAAAACGGAGAUUUUGUUUCCAGGGUGGCCAGAUUCGAGCUCAAGCAUGUAUGCUUUGGCCUUGAUGUUAGUGUUUGUUCUUGCGGUGCUGGUGGAGUUUCUUGGUAACUGCAAGCUCAUCGAGCCGGGGGCUAGUCGCGUGGCGACUGGGUUGUUCAAGACUGCUUUGCAUUCGGUGCGUGCUGGUCUGGCGUAUAUGGUUAUACUUGCUAUUAUGUCCUUUAAUGGUGGUGUUUUUAUUGCUGCUAUUUUGGGCCAUGCUGUUGGGUUCUUGCUCUUCGGGAGUCGGGUUUUUAAAAAAUCAGACGGGUCUGGUUCCGAUUCCCAGAAGUCUUAGG